GUAUCAUUAAUGGGUCGUAAAUUUUUUUAGAUCUUUUCCCUUCUCUCUCUCAUCUUUCCCUCGUCUUCUUGUGCAAUAGUAUAAAAACAAAAAUCAAAGAUUUUGGUUUGAAUUUCAGGAAAUUUUUUAACUUCUGAAAAUGAGGCCUCAAAUAGUAUUAUUUGGGGACUCCAUUACUGAACAAUCUUUUAGAUUAGGUGGUUGGGGUGCCGCUCUUGCUGAUACUUAUGUUCGCAAGGCUGAAAUAUUGAAUCGUGGCUACGGUGGAUACAACACCAAAUGGGGAUUGUUCUUGCUCCACCACCUAUUUCCACUGGAUGCUCCAACGCCUCCUGUUGCUGCCACUAUAUUCUUUGGAGCCAAUGAUGCUGCUCUUUUGGGAAGAACCAGUGAAAGGCAACAUGUCCCACUCGAGGAAUAUAAGGAAAACCUAAGAAGAAUUAUACAACAUUUGAAGAAAUGUUCCCCAUCAAUCCUAGUAGUGCUGAUAACUCCACCACCAGUUGAUGAAGCAGGACGGUUUGAACAAGCAAGGUACAAUCCACCUUCUCGUUAUUGGUAAAAUAAAAUAUGAAGCAACCAAUUGCUCUUUUUCUUUUUAUUUCUUUUUUGAACUCUAUGGUAUCUGAGAUGUUCAAGAACCUUCUUGACACAACCCGGAGCUCCUUUUAGUAGUGGGAUAGGGCUUUA